AUGCUGCAGCAGCUGCAGCAGGGCCAGGGCAGCUUCUUCGAGCACCUCGAGUCCGCCUACCAGGACAUCCUGCCCGAGCACGUGGACCAGUUCGGCCUGUACCAGAGGCCAGACUCGCACUUCCUGGAGGACGCCCAGCAUGGGCCCUACGUGAAGCAUGACCCUACCCUGCAGUUCUCGCCCUCUGACCUGGGCUUCAUGCCCUACCCUUUGGAGAUGCCCGAGCCGGAGCCUCGGGAGCUGGCUGUGCAGAACGCCAAGGCCUACCUGCUGCAGACCAGCGUCAACUGCGACCUCAGUCUGUACGAGCACCUGGUGAACCUGCUGACCAAGAUCCUGAACCAGCGGCCGGAGGACCCCUUGUCCAUCCUGGAGUCGCUGAACCGCACCUCGCAGGCCGAGUGGUUCCACCCCAAGCUGGACACCCUGCGGGAUGACCCCGAGAUGCAGCCCACCUACGAGAUGGCGGAGAGGCAGAAGGCACUGUUCACCCGGGCCGGCGCCCUGGGCGAGGGCGAACAGGAGAUGGAGGAGGAGGUGACGGAGACGCCGGUGCCCAACGUCAUGGAGACGGCCUUCUACUUCGAGCAGGCGGGGGUGGGCCUGGGCUCCGACGAGAGCUUCCGUGUCUUCUUGGCCCUGAAGCAGCUGGCGGAGCAGCAGCCGAUCCACACCUGCCGCUUCUGGGGCAAGAUCCUGGGGCUCAGCCGCAGCUACCUGGUGGCCGAGGUGGAGUUCCGGGAGGGCGAGGAGGAGGGGGAGGAGGAGGAGCUGGAGGAGAUGCUGGAGAGCGGCGACACCAUCGAGGCCCAGGACGAGGAGGAGGGCGAGGAGGAUGAGGAGAAGGUCCCAGACGUGAUCCCCAAGCCCACGUGGAAGCCGCCGCCGGUGAUCCCAAGGGAGGAGAGCCGCAGUGGCACCAACAAGUACCUGUACUUCGUGUGCAGCGAGCCGGGCCGCCCCUGGGUGCGGCUGCCCCACGUCACGCCCAUCCAGAUCGUGCAGGCCCGCAAGAUCAAGAAGUUCUUCACCGGCUUCCUGGACGCGCCGGUGGUCAGCUACCCGCCCUUCCCGGGCAACGAGGCCAACUACCUGCGCGCCCAGAUCGCCCGCAUCUCGGCGGCCACGCACAUCAGCCCCCUGGGCUUCUACCAGUUCGGCGAGGAGGAGGGCGACGAGGAGGAGGAGGGUGGCAUGGGCCGCGACUCCUACGAGGAGAACCCCGACUUCGAGGGCAUCCCGGUGCUGGAGCUGGUGGACUCCAUGGCCAACUGGGUGCACCACGAGCUGCACAUCCUGCCGCAGGGCCGUUGCACGUGGGUGAACCCUUUGCAGAAGACGGAGGAGGAGGAAGAGCUAGGGGAGGAGGAAGAGAAGGGCGACGAGGGCAUGGAGGAGGCGGAACAGGAGGUCGGGCCCCCGCUGCUGACGCCGCUCUCAGAGGAUGCAGAAAUCAUGCAUAUGUCACCCUGGACCGCCCGCCUAUCCUGCAGCCUCUGCCCGCAGUACUCCUUGGCUGUCGUGCGCUCCAACCUCUGGCCAGGGGCUUAUGCCUACGCCACGGGCAAGAAGUUUGAGAACAUCUACAUUGGCUGGGGCCACAAGUACAGUCCUGAAAACUUCAACCCGCCUCUGCCGGCCCCUGUCCAGCAAGAGUAUCCCAGCGGUCUGGACACCACAGAGAUGAAUGACCCCACAGUGGAGGAGGAGCAGGCCCUCAAGGCUGCCCAGGAGCAGGCCCUGGCUGCAGCAGAGGAAGAGGAGGAGGAUGAGGAGGAGGAUGAGGAUGAGGAGCUGGAUGACUGAGGCCCCGCCCCUUCCCAAGUCAGUAGGUAGACAAUUUUCCCCUCUACAUAGUCAUGGUUAUUUUUUCACUGUUGGUUUGCUUUCUGCCCCUGGAGGACAGGGCUAGGAGAGGAAGGGAGAUGCUCUAAAUAAAGCUUC